AUGCCUGUUGGAGUACCUAAAUCGCAAUUUGUCAACUGGAGCCACGAUUGCUUGUCCGCUUCUGUCACUCGUCGGAGCCGCGAUUUUCCGUCUGCUUCUAUCACUCGUCGGAGUUGCUUCUAUCAGGCGUUGGAGUUGCGAUUUAGGGAAAUGAUGGAAGAAGAUGAUGAUUACGUCGAGUAUGUCCCUGUGGCCAAACGGCGUGCCCUCGAAGCCCAGAAAAUCCUCAUGCGCAAGGGCAAAUUGUCCACAGUUGAGGAGGAGAUCGAGAAACAGAAACAAGCUGAUGCCAAGCCGAGCCUGCUGGUCAAAGCCUCCCAGCUCAAGAAAGAUCAGCCAGAAAUCACCCAAACGGAGCAGAUAAUCCUCCAGGAAAAGGAAAUGAUUGAACACUUAUCCGAUAAGAAAACCCUGAUGUCCGUCCGGGAGCUGGCUAAGGGCAUCACAUACACCGAGCCUCUCGUCACGGGCUGGAAACCGCCUUUGCAAAUCCGGAAAAUGCCUAAAAAAUCUUGUGACACCAUCCGAAAGCAGUGGCACAUAAUUGUGGAUGGGGAUGAUGUUCCCCCACCAAUCAAGAAUUUCAAGGACAUGAGGUUUCCCGAGCCCAUUUUGAAAAAAUUAAAAUCGAAGGGGAUUGUGCAGCCGACCCCCAUCCAGGUGCAGGGCAUGCCGGUCAUUUUGUCGGGCCGUGACAUGAUUGGGAUCGCAUUUACAGGCUCGGGAAAGACGCUGGUGUUUGUGUUGCCUUUGAUUAUGAUUGCAUUGCAGGAGGAGGUUAUGAUGCCUAUUGCUCCUGGGGAGGGCCCAUUUGGGCUGAUAGUUUGCCCAUCCAGGGAGCUGGCCAGGCAGACUUACGAGGUUAUUGAACAGUUUCUUGAGCCGAUGAAGGAGGCGGGUUACCCAGAGCUGAGGCCUCUGCUUUGCAUUGGAGGGGUUGACAUGAAGUCGCAGCUCGAUGUUGUAAAGAAAGGGGUUCAUAUUGUAGUUGCUACACCCGGGAGGCUCAAGGAUAUGCUGGCGAAGAAGAAGAUGAAUCUUGAUAACUGCCGAUACCUCACAUUAGACGAAGCUGACCGAUUGGUCGACUUGGGUUUCGAAGACGAUAUCCGUGAGGUGUUCGACCACUUCAAGGCCCAACGGCAGACCCUCCUCUUCUCCGCCACCAUGCCCACCAAGAUCCAAAACUUUGCCCGAAGCGCCCUCGUGAAGCCCGUCACCGUCAACGUGGGCCGGGCCGGCGCUGCCAACCUGGAUGUGAUCCAGGAAGUCGAGUACGUCAAGCAAGAAGCCAAAAUCGUGUACCUCCUCGAGUGCCUCCAGAAAACCCCACCACCUGUCCUUGUCUUCUGCGAGAACAAAGCUGACGUGGACGAUAUCCAUGAAUACCUCCUGUUGAAGGGCGUCGAGGCCGUUGCCAUACAUGGCGGGAAGGACCAGGAAGAGAGAGAGUACGCAAUCGCAUCGUUUAAGUCGGGCAAGAAGGAUGUUCUGGUGGCUACUGAUGUUGCCUCAAAGGGGCUCGAUUUUCCAGACAUACAGCACGUAAUUAAUUACGAUAUGCCUGGUGAGAUUGAGAAUUACGUGCAUAGGAUCGGGAGGACGGGUAGGUGUGGGAAGACUGGGAUAGCUACUACUUUUAUAAAUAAGAAUCAGAGUGAAACGACUUUGCUGGAUCUGAAGCACUUGCUGCGGGAGGCGAAGCAGAGGAUUCCACCCGUGCUGGCGGAGCUGAACGACCCGGCGGAGGAGGCUGAGGCGAUUGCAAAUGCCAGUGGGGUCAAGGGAUGUGCUUACUGUGGUGGAUUGGGGCAUAGGAUCGGGGAUUGUCCGAAGCUGGAGCACCAGAAAAGCGUGCAGAUCGCGAACUCGAGGCGGGAUUAUUUCGGAUCGGGAGGGUAUCGUGGAGAGAUGUGA